AAAUAACUCGCAGUAAAGUUUCCUAGUAGAGAGCGAAUCAGGGAACAGUUAUAUUAGCGAUUAUCAGCCGCUGCCUCUAUCUUCAGAUACAGUGAGGGCAAAAAGACAACAUUACUGCUAUCCCGUGGAUCGAACGACAUUUUUAGACGACAAAGAAGAUAUUUCUUUUCCAGUAAAGGCAUUUUAGACCUCUUAACUGCGACAUCGUAUUCUUUCUGUGGUCAUACUGGGAGAAAGACGUCGACUAAAAGACCAUUCAAUCAACUCCAGUUGGAGCGAGGGUUGCUGGCUUUAUCACCGACCGUCCUUAUCUGGAGCGGGUCUACCUAUUCUGUAAACGGAGUUCUUUUACCAUUUUGUGGAGACCAAUGAAAUUGCAGUGAGUCUUCUUCACCUCAGGAGUAAGUUUAUUGUACCCUCUCAGGACUUUACCUCGGUAAGAAGACUCAAGCCAGAGGCGCCAGAAUGUACCAAAGCUUGUCUUUAUCCUCCAACCCUUCUCCAUACGCACACGACACUGGGAACUACAUUCACCCGUCAGCGAGCUCUCCCGUCUACGUGCCAACCACCCGAGUACCUGCCAUGCUGCAGACUCUCCCCUACCUCCAAACUUGCGAGUCCACCCAUCAGUCGCACGGCCUCGGGGGACAUCACGGCUGGCCACAAGCUGGCACGGACAGCUCUUCAUUCAAUCCGGGCAGCCCCCAUCCUCCGCCUGGCUUCUCAUACUCGCACAGUCCACCGGUGAGCAGCAGCACUGGCAGGGACUCUGCUUACCAGAACCCGCUGGUACUGAGCAACAGCGGACGAGCGGACCAAUAUGGAGGUGCUUUGGUGCGCUCGGUUGGAGGAUCGUACUCCAGCCCUUACGCUUACAUGAGUCCUGAGAUGGCCACCUCCUGGACGCCUGGACACUUCGAUGGCGGCAUGAUCAGUCUACAAGGACGACAAGGCGCGCUGUCCUGUAGAAGAUCCAGUCUGGAUAUGCUGGAGGAAUUUCCGGGCGAAGGCCGCGAGUGUGUUAACUGUGGCUCCAUCUCGACUCCGCUGUGGAGGAGAGACGGUACCGGUCACUACCUGUGUAACGCCUGUGGUCUUUACCACAAGAUGAACGGCAUCAACAGACCGCUUAUAAAACCACAAAAACGCCUUCAGACCACCUCGCGCCGAGCAGGCCUGUGUUGCACCAACUGCCACACCAGCACCACCACCCUGUGGCGUAGGAAUGCUGAAGGGGAGCCUGUGUGCAACGCAUGUGGCCUUUACAUGAAGCUCCACGGGGUGGCCAGACCACUGGCAAUGAAGAAAGAGAGUAUCCAGACCAGGAAAAGGAAACCUAAGAUGCCCAAAUCCAAAGCGUCCUCAGGGUCUUCGGCCUCUGGCACCAGCUCCCCCUCCUCCCUGUCCGUGUCUGAGAACGCUUCCACGAUAAAGAGUGAACCCAACAUGGCUCCAUCUCCGUACGCCGGACAGACUGUAGUAUCAGUCUCCCAGGCUUCCUCUCAGCUGGAGAGCACAAGUUCAGGACACGUGGACAUCAAAUAUGAGGAGUAUGCCUUCACCCCCUCAUCUAUUGCCCCCCAGAACUCUUGGUGUGCCUUGUCCCAGGCGUGAUCUCUCUCCCCGGGGCACUGGCUCCUUCCCUGGGGCCUGGUUAAACCUAAACCCAGUCCUGCUAUGUGUGGAUGCACACAGACUUGUGAUAACUACCUAUCAUUUUAAUUAGAAAACAUCUUCUCCUACUCACCGCACCGACAGAGUUGGUCCACGAGAGAGAAGGCUGUUGAGAGGAUCAUUGGGGACAUGCGAUGCACAGAUGCAUUGACUAGGAAUUGCUGCAGUUUUUUGUUGUUGUUGUUGACAUAUCAGUUGAUGGUAUCGUUUCACCUUUUUUUUUUUUAACAAGCUCAGCAUCUCGACAGAUUUACUAGCCCGCCACGAGUGAGCAAGUUGCCGUUGAAUGUUAAACUCGAAAGCGGUGGACCUAUGAUGUCGAAAAAAAAAUGCAAACGUUUUAUGACUUCUGAAUUCGUUUCAUUACUUAAAUGUAAAUGAUUAACUUUUAAAGACACAUUAUUUAUGUUAAGAUAAGGACAGCCAAGAAAACACAAAACUUUCCCAUAAUCUCCCUCUAGAGAUGUGUUUUCUUUUUCGUUUUCGUGAUGUCAAAUUCCGACCCUCCACGUUGCCAUCUCUUCCUUUAAGAGAGUAGGCUGUGGUGCUCUGCUGAUUGGUGUAUUUUUAAUGGUGUAUGUCUGACUUAUCUUAAAGUGCAAUGACCCCCCUGUCUUUAAAAAAAAAAAAAAAAUGGGUUCAUUUGAAUUUGUUAACCAAAAUGUAUUUGCUGCAUUUUGUUGAAUUAUAAGGGAAAGCUAUUACGGGGCAUGUCUGUGUUGUCUGAGUAUGUUUGUCUUGUUUUUGUGAUGCUCUUCAAAAUCUUCUUAGACUAAUAAACCAACAAUUAACAUACUCAGGCCAUGAUACUAUUUUGAGGCCAUCUCCUACUAAUUUAUGCAAAACCCCUCUUAACAUUGAGUGUGAAUAUUGUAUCGUUUUUUGACUAGAAAUGUUCUCUGAAAAAAAGAUUCUUAGACAUUUCCAUAAUUAAACAUCAAAACGAGUAACAUGUAAUUAUGUACUUAUGUAAUGAACAAACUGUAAUUAAAUGCAAUGCAAUUACACCCUGCAAUUACAAUUUUUAAAAUAGUAAAAUGUAAAAUGUUUUUUUUUCAGAUAAAAAAAAAGACUAUAAUUAAUAAUAACUAUAAUUGAAUUGAUUAAAACUUGAAAUGGC